AUGCUAUUGGUCGACUCUCAAAAAUGUAUGAAAGACUGUGUUGUGGCUUUCAUCAUUCACCUGUCCGUCCUCAGGCGUUUGGAUCUGUCUCAGAGAUCGUGUAAAGAAACCACGUUCAGCGAGCUACAGCAGGCAUCGUUUGAAGACUUCUUUAGCUCAUUCAGCAACAUCUGUAUCACGAUUGUGGAGAAAAUGUCUUUCAAAGAACUAUGGGAUGUCUUUGACCUCGUUGACGGCCGCAUCCUACGACAAAUGCUUGGACGCCUGCAAACCCUGGCGCUUCCUCUCUGUAUCAGGGAAGAGGUUCGGAGAUUCGCAAACAUAAUUUUACAACUUACGGACGUGGAUCUCUCGGAAUCCAAUCCGCAAUGCCAAUUGGCAAGAAACAUUCCUAUUGAUACUCUCUCUCUCUCUGCCAAUGCGUCUGAAAGUGUGCCUCCUUCAAUUCUGGGAUUCAGCCACCCAGCUUUGGACGACUACCUUGAUCCUGUCAAAAUCUCUACCAGAGUUUCAGCAGAUCCGCAACCCGCGCCAAACAUGAAAGUCUUUGAAGAAAUUUCCCACUGGCAUAAUGCACGUGUACCUAUCGACUCUAGCCAUAAGAUACAGCGUAAAGGCUACUUUGCAAAUUGGAGAACCCAAAAGCUAAUGGCUAGCACCACUGCGUACUCGGCUAGCUUGACAAAUUCUGCCGGGAAGGAUAUUCAUCCAGAAAUCAUCGUGUCAACCUCUGUGACCGACCAUUCUUCUAAUGAAGGCAGAGGCAAGGGCAAGGAAUGUGAGGGAGUGCGCGGCACAUCGCAUCGAACCCUUCAUCAGCAUAGCAUCAAGAAGAUUGGACAACGCACUGGUCGACAGCAUGCCCGAGAAGAGGCCCAAAAGAUUCAGGCCGAGAAAAAUAAAAGCAGAGCCAUGGCGACGUGGAUGGCUUGGAACCAAAGAAUCCAAGAAUUUGAAGCUGAAAUUAACCUGGACAGUCGAUGUCUGAGGGUCAUACAAUAUGUCAACGGGUUGUCAACCCAACACAUGGCGAUAGUGGGCGGCGAGGUUACGUUGUAUCUAUGUAAUUGCCUUGCUUAUACGCUAUUAGAAGCAAAGAAGAAGAGAAAACGAAUUCCCGGUAUGUUGGAGUCCAAUGAGCUGAUGGAAAUUCCUAAAUUUUCACUGUCGCAGCAGGGAGUUGCGCUUUUCAAGGUACUCGCAAAGGCUGUCAAACUACAAAUACCUCAUGACACGCUGCUGGAUGCUGCUUUGAAGGGACGGCAGCUGCCCUUUGCCAGCUUGAGCUUGAUGCCGACAACAACACAUGCAGGGAGAGACCAACUGGAACUGGAUGUUCUAUCUGAUCCCCUUGAGUUUCAGCUCCGUCAUUGCGGACCGUAUCUGGAAAGAGCCUUUGACUCGAUGCCGGAUCCUCGUGUGCCUUUCAGCCCGGAUGCCUGGCAGAGGAGAGUUCUCGAUGCCAUAGAUGCGAACAAGAGCUUGUUUGUUGUGGCACCGACAUCAGCUGGCAAAACGUUCAUUUCAUUCUACCCCCAACAGAAGGCUCUUGUCAACCAAAUAGCUGCCGAAGUGCAAGCUCGAUUCUCCAAGGCGCGUUCUACCAAAGGUACAUGUAAAUCAGUUUGGGCCGUACAUACCAGGGACUACAGAAUCAACAAUCCGACAGGCUGCCAGGUACUAAUCACGGUUCCGCAUAUUUUGCAGAUCAUGCUGCUGGCGCCAUCAAAUUCCCAGACGGCCGAUUCAUGGUCUUUGAGAGUGAAGAGGAUCAUCUUUGACGAGGUUCACUGCAUUGGGCAGUCAGAUGACGGGGUGAUAUGGGAGCAGCUGCUCCUUCUUGCCCCGUGUCCUGUCAUCGCUUUAUCUGCCACGGUGGGCAAUCCUAUGGAGUUCAACGACUGGUUGAGAAGAUCAGAGGAAGCAAAAUGCCAUGAUCUGGAAAUGAUCGUUCACCCCUAUCGCUACUCAGACCUUCGCAAGUUCAUGUAUUAUCGUAAGAAAGGCUGGGAGUUUAGUGGCCUUGGACCUGUUGAAGGGUUGCCCAUCCCGGGGUUAGAUGACAUGCAUGUGGACAUGGAGGCACAUGGGCAACACGACAUCAUGAAGAGCUCCAUGUCGCCAUUCACUUACAUUCAUCCAGUGGCUAACUGCUUCAUCUUGUGGCAAUGUAUGUCGAAUCAUCAAACCGAAGCAUUUCCCCUCAACGAAUCCUUGGCUCCGCGGAACGCACUUCCCGAGGUUGUGACGAAGCAUGAUAUCGUUAAAUGGGAAGCCGCAUUGAAGCAAGUCUUGUUGAAAUGGAUGCAAGAUGCCAGUUCGCCCUUUUCUUCCGUUAGAAACAGGCUUCAGUCACCAAUUGUUAAUCGACAUCUCUCGACUUUGAAUCAGUCGCCCAACGCGACUGGCCAUAAACCUAAACCUAGUCAUACCAGCCUUCAACCCGACUCCGAAGAUACCGGCCUUCACACUGUGGCUUUACAGCUCCUUUCCGACCUUCAUUUCCACGCGGCGCUUCCAGCCAUACUAUUCAACUACGAUCGGAAAUAUUGUGAGAAAAUACUCCUUUUCCUUGAAAAGAAACUGCGGCUUGCAGAGGCUGCUUGGAAGGCCGCAAGCUCAGAAUGGAGGAAGAAGCUCGCUGAAUAUGAAAAAUGGAAGAGAACAAGCCCUAGGCUUUCCAAGAGCGAACGCACCAAAGAAGCUGCAAAUGCGGACAUCAGUGUCUGGGACAGCUUCGACCCUGAGGCGGCUUUGGAUGAAUUCUCAUUUGCGGGCCCAAAAAAGUUACGAAAAUCAGAAUUUGAGGAUAUGGUGACGCCUCUCAGAAAUGCCAACCUGAAGCAGGGAAUUGUAGGUGCUCUACGACGAGGAAUAGGGGUACAUCAUGCAGGAAUGAAUCGGGAGUAUCUUGAGAUGCUUUUUAGGAAAGGCUUUCUGAGGGUUGUCGUCGCGACUGGCACCUUGGCUUUAGGUAUCAACAUGCCGUGCAAGAGUGUGGUAUUCUUUGGCGACUCUGUGUUUCUCACAGCUCUGAAUUACAAUCAGGCAGCCGGACGGGCAGGUCGCCGGGGGUUUGACACCCUCGGAAAUGUUGUUUUCGUGGGAAUGACGCCAGAGAGAGUGUUUGAGAUCAUGUCGUCCAGACUCCCCGACCUUCACGGCCAGUUCCCCCUAUCAACGACUCUAGUUCUCCGACUCUUGGGUCUCCUUCAUCACACAGAGAAUUCUGAGUACGCAGUAAGGGCCGUUCGUUCCAUACAAUCUCAAACUCGCCUAUAUUUAGGAGGCCCCUCGAAUCAAAUGACAAUCAAGCAUCAGUUGCGGUUUUCCAUAGAAUAUCUUCGGAGGCAACAUCUUUUGUCUCAAUCCGGGGCUCCCCUCAAUUUCGCAGGUUUGGUAGGGCACCUGUAUUUUACUGAGAACGCUGUGUUUGCCUUUCACUCUUUGCUCAAGGGUGGAUAUUUCCACGACUUGUGCAGUGGUAUUCACCGGAAACCGCAGCAAGUACUCCUUGAGCUCAUACUUGUUCUGGCGCAUCUAUUUUGCAGAGUACCUCUUCGAUCAGUCAGUGACGAAGUGGCCAAGAACAGGAUUCACCGAUCACCAUCAGUAGUUCUGUUGCCGCGAUUACCAGAGCAGGCGGAGACGAUUCUCCGUGAGCACAACAACGAGACACUGCACAUAUUUCGAAACUAUGUUAGCUCCUUCGUCGACCAACACCUCAAAGGCCAGUCAGAUAAUCAGCUUCCGUUUACAAAACACAAGGUCCAGGGGAACAAGGGAGGAGAUGCACUGUCCAUUAUUGAUUCUCUCCCGCCUACAAAGCUCCGCUCGUCAUUCGCUGCGCUUUCCGGGUUCAAUGAUGAGUUCCACUCAAUUCACGAGCUGUGCACAACAGUCCGAGACGGGGUUUUCCUUGAGGAAUCCGCCGUUCCUUACAUCCCCAUUCAUCCGAAUGGUAAUGCUCGGCUGCACUGGAACGCCUAUAUCUAUGAUUUCUUCAAACACGGUGACAUGGAAGCGUUGGUCCGAGACAAUGGGAUAAAGGGUGGCGAUGUAUGGUUCCUCUUGAAAGACUUUUCACUUGUUUUGGCCACCAUGGUUACGAGCCUCACAAAUUUUCUCGAUCUUGGCUCUUCUAUUGACGAUGCGGCCAUGAUGGAUAUACACGAUAUCGGCGAUGUGACUGACGAGGAGCUUUUUGACGAACAAGCAGCACCGGUUGUGGAUGAUUUGACUCAUGCGCCGCCGAAUAACCUGGUUUCUCUUUCUCGAAAGCCCAAAAAGGCUAUUCUGGUAGAUUCAUGGGACGAUGACCAGAGUACUGGGAGCUCGCAGGACGAGGAUACAAAUGCCAGUGAAGGCUUUGACACCCUACCAUUGGAGAAGCUCGCCUGGGGCGACGACGGCGAAGAGAGCUUAAUGCUCGUCUUGACAGCUUUUCGACAACUGCAACAGCAAUUUAAUGAGGUGUUCAAAAAGGUUUGGGCUUAA